GGCAUAGAAUAGGGAACAAAAUAGUUUCCCUGCAACUAUAUAAAAAGAAUGGCAUAUUGUACUUAAAUGCCCCCUUGCCAAAAUAAGAGGCACAGGACAACAGCUGUCUGGAGACGACCUCAAGCCAGUCAGGCCCCAUUUUAAAUAUAGAAACCCCUAAGAAUAGCCGCCAGUGCUCCAGACUUAGCAAGUGAUUGGCCCAGAGAGGGAAGGUGACCCCAGGCCCCAGGAAAGGGAGCGAGGACAGCGCUGGUUCCCGGCUCUCCGCACCACCAUGGCUUUGCCUCUGAGGCCCCUGACUCGGGGCUUGGCCAGCGCUGCCAAAGGAGGCCACGGAGGGGCAGGAGCUCGCACCUGGCGUCUGCUGACCUUCGUGCUGGCGCUGCCCAGCGUGGCCCUCUGCACCUUCAACUCCUAUCUCCACUCGGGCCACCGCCCGCGCCCCGAGUUCCGUCCCUACCAACACCUCCGCAUCCGCACCAAGCCCUUCCCCUGGGGGGACGGCAACCACACUCUGUUCCACAAUACCCACGUCAACCCUCUGCCCACGGGCUACGAACACUCCUGAGGCCCCGGACGCCCCCAGGCACAAUAAAGGUGUGAAGCUUC